AUGGUUUAUUGGUGGCACACUAUAGAAUUCUUGGUUUCGAUACCUGAAGUGAUAAGGGGAGCAAAUAAUAUCUUGAACAAGAGCGGUUUUACAGCCUUUGGAAUGAUAGAACACCUUCCAAAAGACUUCAAAUGUUUCCAAAUACAAAAUAUUAUUCAGGAUGUACGACUAAUCGGUCUCCAAACACAAGAACAUGAUAAUCCUGUACCUGCAGAAUCAUCAUCAUCAAUAAUUGAUAAUAAACUGUCAGCGUCAGAAAGAGCAAGUGCUAGUUGUUAUUGGAAGUAUUGGUGGAGCAAAUUCAUUGGCUACUUGAAGACAUACGAUGUGGAUUGGAUAAAAGAUAGAAGCGGAGCACUGAUGAUAGUGGUUAUUUUGAUCGCCACAAUGACAUUCCAAGCUGCACUUAACCCUCCUGGUGGCGUCUGGCAACAAAAUACAAACACCACAGAGCUUAGCCAUGGAUUUGAUUGCGGCGUAGGAGAUAGAUGCCUGGCAGGAACCGCAGUGUUACCGAAUCUGUAUAGGCUUUGCACGUGGCUUUUCAAUUUAUAGCCAUUUGUAUCGCUGUGACGUUUACGGCGCUUACCUUUAUGGAAGGAGUUUACUUGGUGCUUCCUAUCGAUAUCAAGAAUUUGGUAUACAAAAUCUACGAGGGGCUGUUUUAUAGUUGGAAUGGUUUGUUUGGAAUAGUCAUUCUGGUCCACACAAUUCGAAUGCUCUUUCAGCCUGUGAUUAAUUGGUCCGCAAGUUUGAUUCAUCAGAUUCAGAUCGCCCACACAUUUAGAAGACCUUCACAGAUCUCCAACAUUCCCCUCUGUUGUAAAUCAUCUUGCUGCCUAGCUACCUAGCUGCUUUAUUUUCCCUAUGCAUAUAUAUAUAUAUAUAUAUACACACACAAUUAAGUAGUUAUUAUAAACUUUGGCAAUAAAAUGUACCAAGGUCGGGGUAUUUUCCAAUUUUAUGCAAUGGGGAGUAGUAGUCUUCAAACUUUGAUUUUUCUCUAUAAUUAUAUAUGUCUCAC